AUGUCAGGAGCCGCCGCAGUGUUCGCCCCCGGCUCCACCGCCCUCAUCACUGGCGGAGCCUCUGGUGUUGGCCUCGCAGUCGCGAAGCUGUGUAACGCCAAGGGUAUGAACGUGCUCCUUGUCGACCGCAAUGCCGAAGCUCUAGAACAAGCUAGACUGGACAUUGCAGGCGAGGGUGUGGACGCUUCUGGCCCCCGCGUGGCUACCUCGGUCGCUGAUGUGAGCCUGGCCGAGGACUGGGCUGCGCUCAAGGAUUCUGCGCUGGCCAAAUUCGGCUCUAUCGAAUUUUUGGCGCUCAACGCCGGCGUUGGUGGAAAGGGCACAUGGGGUGAUAAUGACUACUUCCGCAGGAUUCUCGCGACGAAUCUCUUUGGCGUCAUUAAUGGAGUCAAUGCGUUCUUGCCUGUUGUACAAGAAGCCUCCAAGGCGAAGCGAACCGCCAUCGUAAUCACUGGAAGUAAGCAGGGAAUCACCAACCCGCCCGGAAACGCGGCGUACAAUGCCUCAAAGUCCGCGGUAAAGACGCUCGCUGAGCAUCUGAGCUGGGAUCUCCGCGAUACUACUACUAGCGUACACCUCUUGGUGCCGGGCUGGACAUUUACAGGAAUGACUGGCGGCGGGCAGGCCAAGGAAAAGCCGGCUGGCGCGUGGGCGCCCGCACAGGUUGCAGAGUUCUUGUACACCAAUAUGGAAAAGAGCGAAUUUUAUGUCAUCUGUCCUGACAACGACGUGUCUGAGGAGACUGACAAGAAGCGAAUGCUGUGGAGUGUGGGCGAUAUUGUCUACGGACGUCCGCCUCUGACCAGAUGGCGUGACGAGUGGAAGCAGGAAGCUGAGAAGACCAUGUCCGAGACGAAGAUAUAG